AUGGGAUCUGGGUCCUCAGCAGCUCAACUGAAAGUCAUUCACCUCGACGUUAACGGGAAGAUACAGAAGGAUGAGGUCAGGGGUGGGUUUUCCCCCCCGUGUGGUCGGUUCCCUCCCGACCUGCCGCAAACCCAGUCUCGCAGUAACGUCCUGCAGGCCCUGACCAGCUCCAUCAGUAACGCUGCGUCUGAGCCCCUCUCGAUGGUGAUCUUCAGUUGCCUUUCGAGCCCCUCCGAUAUCCGGGAAAUCGUCUCUGUCGCAGCCGGAGCCUACAGAGGGGAGCCAGUGGUUUUGUUUGAUCCAGUUGGAAAUCCGAUCGGGAUAGACCCUGGGAUACCAGAGAACAGCGAGAGUUCCCCGUACACCGUCAUCGUUCAGAGUGACCCUGCAGCUGAGAGGGCGAAUCCCCGGCGAGCUGAUCUUACUGCGGUCUCCCAGGAGCUCGCUCGCCUCCUCACGGUCGAUGAUUUCCAGAGUGAACUCACCACCAAACUGGACUUGUUGGAGCGUCAGAUGGAUGUGCAACUCCAGAAAGCAGCAGAGGUCGAGAGAUGCAACAAGGACAUCGAGAGACUUUGGGAGACUGUCCGUCAGCAGCGAAGAUUGGAACACGUGUGUGAGUGUGUCUCGACAAGUACGGUCAGAAAGUUCACACCGAGACGCGACAUUCCCACCUAUCCCAAGUAUACUCUGUCGCAGGAAACUAUCGGAGCUCUGAAGACACCGACUUUUGACGUUUGGCUGUGGACUCCGAAUGAGAUGCUGAGCUGCAUUGAGUUCAUGUUCCACGACCUGGGCCUGGUCCAGGAGUUUCACAUCGACCCUAUCACCCUGAAACGCUGGCUGCUCUGUGUGCAGGAGAAUUACCGGGAUGUUCCUUUUCACAACUUCCGGCACUGUUUCUGUGUCACGCAGAUGAUGCAUGGGAUGGUUCAUCUCUGUAACUUAAAGGCCAGGCUGACCAUGACAGAGAUCCUAGUCCUCAUCACGGCCUCUGUGUGUCACGAUAUGGACCACCCGGGCUACAACAACGCAUAUCAGAUUAACGCACAGACAGCGAUAGCCAAGCGUUACAAUAAUACCUCGCCACUGGAGCACCAUCACUGCGCUGUCACGUUCCAAAUCCUCGCUGACCUCGACUUCAACAUCUUCAGCAAUAUCCACCCGGAACUGGUCUCACAGAUCCAGGAGGGUCUGACCGACCUGAUACUGGCCACAGACAUGGCCAGACAUGAUGAAAUCAUGAGCGCGUUCGCACACUGUGUUGAGCACUUCGAUUUUCAGAACAUUGAGCACCUCACUUUGUUGAAGCAGGUGCUGAUCAAAUGCUGUGACAUCUCGAACGAGGUGAGGCCUAUGGAGGUAUCCGAACCCUGGGCUGACUGUCUCCUCGAGGAGUACUUCAUGCAGAGUGACAGAGAGAAAUCGGAAGGCCUGCCCGUUAUGUCCUUCAUGGACAGAGAUAUUGUCACCAAAUCCAGCGUGCAAAUGGGAUUCAUCCAGAUGGUCCUCAUUCCCAUGUUCGAGACAGUCGCAAAGUUAUUCCCGGAAUUGGAUGAAGUGAUGGUGAUACCUUUGAAGGAAGCGAGAGCUCGCUAUGAGAAACUGUUCCAGUCUGAGGGAAGGGCUGAGGGACGAGAUUCCUGCUCUACAUUGUGA